AUGACAAGAUGCGAAACUCUGCUAGAUGAGAGAGAGCCGAUGGGAAGCCAGUUCUACAAGUACUCUGAGCUUGCCCGCAAGGGCACGACGUACGCCCGGCGCAUGGACCGCCUGAGCAAGCGGAUCUUCGGGGAGGUGGUGCGCCCGACGAACCCGACCUCCUUCCGCGUCGUGGACCGCCUGGCCCGCCGACCCGACGAUCUCAACCCCCAGAUCGUGAGGUAUUACCCCAGGCACGAGGAGACGGGGAAGAUCAUGCUGCUGCUCAGGGACUACGGGCUGUUCAGGGACGAACACGAGGACUUCCAAGAGGAGAUGGUCCGCCUCAGGAUCCUCCGAGGGAAGGGGAAGCCGAGAAAGGGGGAGGGCAAGCGGACCAAGGACAAGUGAAGGCGAGGAACGCAGAUUCUCAUCGUAGUGCAACAGUGCGUUGGUGAUGUUUAUUAUUUGUAAGCGAGACCUAUUUCAUAAAAAUGAAUUCACUGGU